AUGAAAGAGAUAAUUCGAGACUCAGCAUUUGGCAAGCUACUCCGCAUUGUCAGCGGUACGGCUCUCUUGCCGUACCCAGAAGAAACCGAUCAUUUGACUUGGCGGACAUAUGUACAAAAAUCUGCGGGGGCUGAGCCAUAUGAAACAACCGUGGAGACUAGUGAUGCCGAAUUUUCCGAGUCGUAUGGAUUAUACACGGUCGUGUCGCAAGCGUCGUACCGGAGUCGACGAAGGCCUCCGCUGAGGACUGCCUUGGCCGGACCAUGGCGUGGGGCACAAGGCAAGACGCCUGUGAUAAUCGGCUGGGGAGGGCCGGAUGAUAGCGAGAACCCUCAAAAUUGGAGUUUCGGCAAAAAGAUGUUCGUUAGUACACUCAUCUGGCUUCUUACAUUUUCUGUAUACAUUGGCUCGGCUAUCUACACCCCUGGGAUUCCAGGCGUAUCUGAGCAGUUUGGUCCCACUCUAACGGAAUACGCUCGAGGACCGAUGUUUUGGGCACCCUUAUCCGAGCUGCCCGCUAUAGGGCGAAGUCCAGUAUACGUUCUCACGUUGGUUGUCUUCGUCUUCCUUCAAUUUGCAGUAAUCUACGCAACGAACAUCGGCAUGCUCUUAGCAUUUCGAUUUUUGACUGGCUUCUUUGGCUCACCUGUCCUUGCUACCGGAGGUGCUUCUAUGGCGGAUAUCUGGGAUGUAAGAUACCGCGACUAUAUGAUUGGCGUCUGGGGAUGUUUUGCUAUUUCCGCUCCUGUGCUGGGCCCUCUUGUUGGCGGAUUUGCAUAUUCCGCCAAGGGAUGGACUUGGACUAUCUGGGAGUUACUUUGGAUAUCUGGCUUUGCUCUUGUGGUUCUAUUCUUCUUCCUUCCUGAGACAUUUGCCUCUAAUAUCCUCUCUCGCCGUGCACGGCGGAUUCGCCGGAUUACGGGCGAUCAAAGGUAUGCAUCUGACGCUGAGAUUGAGAUUGCUCGUGUUUAUCCCAGGGACGUCCUCAUUGAAGCACUUGUUCGCCCAUUUCAACUCUGCUUCCUUGAACCCAUCGUCUUCCUGAUGAACCUCUACAUAGCCCUCAUCUAUGGAAUCUUGUAUAUUUGGUUCGAAGCCUUUCCGAUUGUCUUUGAACUAAAGCGCGGCUUUAACCCGGGAGAAAGUGGGCUGGCGUUCCUGGGUAUUCUGAUAGGGACGACUUGCAUCGCUAUUCCGGGGUACUUCUAUUGGAAAUAUCGCUGGCAAUCCAAACACGUUGACCGGAACGGCGAACUUUCCCCGGAAGAACACCUUCCUCCCGCGUGCGUUGGAGCGCUGUGUCUGCCAAUAUCCCUUUUCUGGUUUGGGUGGACUGGAAAUUUCGCAAGCAUCCAUUGGAUUGUGCCUAUCAUUGCUUCGAUGCUCUUUUCUAUUGGAGGCUGUCUGAUAUUCAACAGCAUCUUCUGCUACGAGGCAAGUGCGUACCCCAAAUAUGCAGCCUCUGUUCUUGCCGGAAACGAUUUCUUACGGUCCUCCUUCGGUGGUGCUUUUCCUCUCUUUGCUACCCAGAUGUUCCUCAACUUGGGGGUUGGUUGGGCCUGUACAUUACUGGGAUGUUUGUCGAUGCUAUUUGUGCCAUAUCCUUUUUUUCUGUACAAAUUUGGGAAGCGUGUCCGGAACAAAAGCAAAUAUGCGCUGCACGAUGGCUAG